UUUCGUGAGGUGAUCAUGACAGGCUUUCAGUUUGUGCCAAGUGGCACGGAAGCUAUGUACAAAAGCAACAACGAUUACAGUCUACAAUUGACUCGUUGGUUUCUGAUCCCAAUCGGUAUUUGGCCACGAGCGAACACGGCGACAAGAGUGGAGAAGUUCACGUCAGGCGCACUUAUUCUCACUUGCUCCACUUUAAUAGCUAUUAUUGCAGUGCCGUGCUUGUUGUACGUGUUCUUGGAGGAAAAAGAUAUUCAACUAAGAAUCACUAUUUUUGGCCCGCUGAACCAUUGGUUCAUGGCCAUGAUUAAUUAUUGGUUGUUGGUCGCGCACAGUGACAAUAUCCGGAAAUGUGUGCAGCACAUGGAGACAGACUGGAGGCUCGUGCAACAGAAUGAAGAUCGAGAGGUGAUGAUGCGACACGCUAAAAUCGGUCGUUUCGUCUCCGGAUUUUGUGCUGUAUUCAUGCAAAGCGGCACGUUGCUCUUUGACAUAGCUAAGUCACUGACAACCACAAUUGUCGUCGUCGGCAAUGAAACUAUCUCAAUACAUCCCAUGACCUGUCCAAUUUAUAGCAAAUUCAUCGAUGUGAGAUUUAGUCCAGCGAAUGAAAUCAUGAUAGUUGUCCAGCUUCUGUCGGGUUUUGUGACGAAUAUGGUUAUAAUAAGUGCUUGUAGCCUCGACGCGGUCUUUGCCAUGCACGCAUACGGCCAGCUGGACAUACUAUUCUCGUGGUUGAACGAACUCAUCGUAGAUAAGAAUAAAGGAACCCAUUCGGCCGGACAGAGGCUAGCCAUUAUCGUGGAGCAUCAUUUGAGAGUAUUGAAUUUUAUAUCGCAUAUGGAGAACAUUAUGCAUCAAAUCUGUCUUGUGGAAUUAUUGGGAUCUACGACAAAUAUAUGUUUACUUGCAUAUUAUUUUAUCACGAAUUGGGAUUCAUUUGACGGACCAAAAACAAUGUCAUACGUCAUUAUUUAUCUAUCUAUGGCUUUCAAUAUUUUUAUAUUUUGUUAUAUCGGCGAGAUUCUCACGGAACAGUGUAAGAAUGUUGGUGAAAAAGCAUAUAUGAUUAACUGGUAUGAAUUACCACACAAAACUGCUCUUGAGCUCAUUUUGAUAAUAGCACGAUCGAAUAGCGUUAUCAAGAUAACCGCUGGAAAAUUGUUUCAAUUGUCUAUCGCAACUUUUGGUGAUGUAAUUAAAACUUCCAUGGUAUAUUUGAAUAUAUUGCGAACAAUGGCAGCCCCCGUGUGAAUAUUAGCAGCAACAAACAUAUUUUAUAUAGAAUUGAGAUGUGUAAUAUCAUCAAAGUAGAAAACAGUAUUUAAUAAACAGUAUUCA